CCUUUAUUUACAUUUCAAGAGUUUUUUAAGGUGCAGUAACAGCUUUUACCCAGCAGGGGGCAGAAAACCAGCAGACAACCUUUUUUUCAAGACAGUUUUUUAAUUAAAAAGGAUUAAUUUACAAACAUCAAGGCAUAGAGACCAAAACAACAAUAAACACCUAAUAACAUACGAGGCACAUUAGAUAAGAAAAGAUGCUUUAAAUUAUAUAAAAUAAGAUAAAUAAUAAUAGAAAAAUAUAUUUUUUAAACUAAAUAAUAAGUGUGUCCUCUUCCAUAGUUGCUCUAGAGGUCAUCAGAUAUUUUCAGUUCUUCAUAAUCUUUGAGGAGAGACUUUGCAUGUUUUAUAUUUUUCUUUUUAUUAGUCUCAAAGUACUGAUGAUUGUUCUCAAGGUCUCUUCUGAAAACAGAAAAUCAAAGUUUCAUUUUCCUUCAUUUACAUGCGUGGAUGAAACAUUUCGCCUGGAGUGUCAGGCUGUUCAUUAUCAAUUCACUGUUAACGUCUGUCCUGUUAACACGAAACACAAUACUUUCUGUUACGAGAAGAUAAAGUACCGACAGACCAGCCACCGGCAGCCGCCUGCUGAAGAAGAAACAGCCAAUUUCCGGUCAAACAGACUCCGCUAUUGGUUGAAACCCUCGUGGCUCCUGUGACGCACUUACGCAACCUCUUUUGUAACUGUUGAAUAAUAUUUUCAUAACAGCGUCUCUUCCAGCACGACCUAAACGAAACACAAAAGCUGCAGCCCGCUUCAAGCAGCUUCUCCUCCGGCCCUGCAAGCAACAUGUUCCCGGUGCCCAAAGUGAAGCUGUCCGGAGGUCUGGAGAUCUGCCGGGUCCUGAACGGGAUGUGGCAGGUGUCCGGGGCUCACGGCCCGGUGGAUAAAACCAGAGCAGUUGAGGACAUGCAGGCCUAUGUAGACGCUGGUCUUACCACAUUUGACAUGGCAGACAUUUAUGGGCCUGCCGAGGAAAUAUUUGGACAGUUCAACAGCCAGUCGAGAUCAUCAGGGAACGCCAUCCCAGCUUUGCAGAGUCUGACUAAAUAUGUGCCAAGACCAGGACCAAUGGACCGCAAGGUGGUGGAGAAAGCGCUGCAGCGCUCCAUGACCCGUAUGCAGGUGGACAGUCUGGACUGUGUUCAGUUCCACUGGUGGGACUACAGAGACAAGAGAUACCUGGACGCACUGGGACACCUGUCCGACCUGCAGCAGGACGGACUCAUACGUGAGCUCUCCCUCACUAACUUUGACACGCAGAGACUGGAGGAGAUCACCAACAGAGGCAUCCGCAUCUCCAGCAACCAGGUUCAGUACUCUCUGAUUGACCAGCGACCUGCGGCAAAGAUGGAGCAGUUCUGUCUGGAAAACAACAUCCAGCUCCUCACUUACGGCACUCUGGCUGGAGGUCUGCUCUCUGAGCGUUAUCUGGGAAAGGCAGAGCCGAACACCAGGGCGGAGCUUUACACCGCCUCCCUCUCUAAGUACAAGAACAUGAUCGACACUUGGGGCGGCUGGAGACUUUUCCAGGACCUCCUUGUCACCUUGGAGACCGUUGCCAAGAGACUUGACUGCUCGGUGGCCAGCGUGGCAACGCGUUACGUGCUGGACCGCCCUGCAGUGGGCGGGGUCAUCGUGGGCUGUCGGUUAGGCGUAGCAGGGGCGGGGCGUCACAUCAGAGACAGUCUACGUAGCUGCAGCCCUGACCUGAAGCUGGCAGCGGAAGAUCUCGCCGCCAUUGAAGCAGUGACACGCCGCUCCAGGGACCUCAUGGCGCUCAUUGGGGACUGCGGGGAUGAGUACAGGAGCUAAAAGGGGAGAGGGGGUGGACUGACUGACUGGAUGUGACAGAAGGAGGGAGGAGUAAAGCGAGGGAGGAAACAUCUCACACAGCACAGUCCAACAGUGGAAAAUAAUAUAAAUAGAACUUCUGAUGAAGAUCAGUCUCCAAUCUCAGUUUCUGCACAAAGAGACUGUAGCUGCUCCUCUGUCAUAGAUUAUAAAGAGCAUUCAGCCUAAAAUGAUUAUCUUUUUGCAUUUAUAAGUGUUAUAAGUAAGAUUAUGCGCCUCAUACAAGAUGUAGUUAUACUUCCACCUGAAUGCCUGAUGCAGUUGAACAGGUUUAUUUCAAUCUUUUUUCGAUGAGGGAGAGAAGUUUCUCAUUCAUGCCUGAAUAUAUUUUCACAGAGAGGCUCAAACACACAAUAAUCAGUGUUUACAUUAAGGUAUCCAGCAUGUCUUUAAGUCAGAAUUUAGUGAUAGUUCAGCGUCAAAGUUGUCAUUUUAAGCCGUAAUAAGAAUUUUCUAAUCAUUUUCUAAUGAAAGAACAUAAUGAGAUGGUGUCUACUUUUUACUUGAAUUUAAUAUUUAAGUUGAAUCACUUUUUUUUUUUUUUUUUACUAAGUAAAUGAGAAAACCACUCUAAAGGAGUGAA